AUGUAUUUCUCCAACGUUGUCGUCACUGUCCUUGCCGCUCAGGCUUUCUCUCAAAAUAGCCGAGUUUCUCGUUCUAGCUUUGGACAGGUUGCUGCUUUGAUGGCUGCUGCAGCUCUCCCUGCAGACGCUCUCGCUCUCCCCAUCUUCAGCGCUGAGAAACGAGAGCCUCAUCACCAGGGCGGUCAGAACAACAACAACCAAGCCCAGGGCAACCAGAACAACAACCAGGCGCAGAACGCCAACAACAAUGCCAAUAACAAUGCUAAUGGAUGCAACGCAAACAACAAGCGAGAUGAGGAGCUUGUAGCUCGUCACCACCAGGGCAACCAGGGAGGCAACGCUCAGGGUAAUGCUAAUAACAAUGCCAACGGCAACGGAGCUGCUGCCGCUGCCAACAACUGCAACAACAACAACAACGCUGCUGCUGCUAACAACGGUAACGCCAACGGCAACAACAACAAGCGUGACGAGGAACUCGUAGCCCGUCACCACCAGGGCGCCAAGGGCAAGAACAGGAACGGCAAAAACAACAAGCGUGAGGAGCUCGUCGCUCGCCACCAUCAGGGAGCUCAGGGCGGUAACAAGGCCAACGCCGCCGGCGCCAACCGCAAUGGCGCCAACCGUAAUCAGGCCGCCGCCGCUGCCAACAACGCCAACUGCAAGCGAGACCUUGAGGCUCGUCACCACCAGGGUGGUCAGAACAAGCAAAACGCUCAAGCCGCCAACUGCAACUAA